AUGCCAGCUUCUAAUUCCAUGUUUCUGCUUUGCCGUCGCUACCAACGAAGCAGCACGGAGCUCGUCAUCUACUCACGCGAUGUGAAACAUCCAGUUUCCCGCACAACUAGAACUCGUGUAACACCCGUGGGCAUUGCCCAAUUUUUGCGACGUAGGCGCACUUCUUGGGAGUGCUUCUGCAGUGCCGUGGAGGAGCGCGCAACUCCUGUUCGUUUUGUAUCGACAAUGAAUGGAUUCACGAAAGCUGUGUGUUAUUUCCGCAAUAACAAGUGCGGUUUUUCAAUCAAUCUCAACGAGACGUGUCACACUGCGCACCAUAUUUCAACCUAUGAGGAUUGGCCUGUGUUUCAAGCUGCCGCCAACACUGCCGCUCUCGUAACUAGGUUUGAACUUCGAUGGCUGAAUUCACCUCUCCGUCAUUCAGAAAUCGCGCCAUACUUUAUGGACUAUCUCGGUGCCCAUCAGUCCAUUCAUCCUUCACAAACAUGGACUCCUGUCUUUCCCACUGCGAGAGAUCAGUUGCUUGGCCAUGCACAUCACCCAGUGCAACACCCAAUGCAACAUGUUGAGCCUGAUGCUCUCGUAGUUCCUCCUGAAGAUGUUCCUGACUUACCCAUGGUCCAGGAAGGCCCUAUCCUGUCUCCGAACGAGCAGGAUCACUUGUUUAAGCUUGCAGCUGGUGGGGGUAUUCACGAGUUUGAUGCUAAUUGUCUUUUGGAGAAGUGUGAUGGUUGCAGAUGUGUAUUUAUUCCAACCGCACUGAGGUUGCACAUCAUCGAAGGAUGCAGAGAGAGAUAG